AUGGCGCAAGAAGCGAAUGAACACGAAGGUCCUCUCCAGGCAGAUCCCAAUGAUGACGAGGAGCAAGACAGAAUGGAUCUAGGCCAUCACAUCUACCGUCUCAUCCUCGGCGGUGAUCUUUUCCUCGCGCCCAUCGGCGAUAAAGUCAAGCGCGUUCUCGAUCUCGGCACGGGAACAGGUAUCUGGGCUAUGGACUUCGCCGACGAAUAUCCCCAAGCCGAAGUCCUUGGCACUGAUCUAAGCCCCAUUCAACCCCCAUGGUACAUCCCCUCCCCUCGCCAUCACCUCUCUAACAUCCCCAGGACCCCACCAAACUGCGUCUUCGAAGUCGAUGACUUCGAAUCAGACUGGCUCUUCCGCCAGCCCUUUGACUUUAUCCACGCGCGCGAACUAGAAGGCUGCAUCAGCAACAAUGCACAGUUCUUCAUCCGCGCUCUGGCAAGUCUAGCACCGGGUGGAUAUCUCGAAAUGCAGGCUGUGCACUCUGAGUUCAAAUCCGACGACAACACGAAAGAAAAGGCGAAAAACGCGCUGCUUUGGAUGAAGACUAUGGUUGAGGGGUCUUCUAAAUUCGGAAAGCCAUUGAAUGUCGCGCCCGGAUGGAAGAAGGAGAUGGAGGAUGCUGGGUUUGUGGAUGUUGAGCAAAAGAUUCUCAAGGUGCCUAUUGGAUCUUGGCCUAGGGAUCCGAAACUCAAAGAGAUUGGCAAAUUUCAGUCUGUGCAGGAAGCGCAGGUUAUUACAUCGUAUACGCCUGGUAUAUUCUCGCGUGUUCUUGGGUGGAGUGAUGAGGAGAUUCAGGUGUUUAUGGCAAAGGUGAAGAAGGAUCUUUCUAAUCCGAGCAUUCAUCUUUAUCUUCCUGUUUAUUUCAUCUGGGGAAGGAAACCAGAGUGA